CCCUCUUUUGCGGAGUGAGUGUGGGUUCACUCCCGGCCUGCUUCCCUCCUUCUCACCGCUAUCGCGGCCAGCAGUACCUGUAGCCCGAUGAGACGGUGGCUCCGGCCGGCGCUGAGCCCGUUGCUAAGGGCGGCCUGUCGCGGAGACGCCGGGCCUGCGCCUGUCCCGCGCCGCCGGCCCGGCCAGGCCGUUGGGGCGCCUGCGCGGUCGUGGAGCCGAGCUGCUGCUGCUCUCCGCGCUGGCGGGGGCGACUCGCGUCAAAGAGGAGCAUCCUCCUCCUCCUCCUCCGCCCCCUCAUCCUGCAGCUGCAGCAGCAGCAGCAACCACUCGCAGUCGGAGAGAUCCUCAGCUGGAGAUAAGAUGUCAGACCCAAUCCCCAGCAGGGCCAAGAAACUUCGGCCCAGACUCCACGGCAGGAGCAGUCUGCAGAGCACCGAGCCCGUAGAUUUACACAAGACAGGGACUCUGAAGCAGAUUCAUUGCUCUCAGUCACUACCUGGAACCCCACUCUCUUUGAAAUCCUUUCCUAUCAAUCUCCCCACAUCAAUGGAUGGAAAGUUUAAGGAGAUUGCAGAGGAGCUGUUCACUCGAUCUUUAACUGAAAGUGACAUGAGGACUGCUCCCUAUGAAUUUCCAGAGGAGAGUCCCAUCGAACAACUGGAGGAGAGGCGACAACGAUUGGAGCGUCAGAUCAGCCAGGAUGUGAGACUAGAACCAGAAAUUUUACUCAGAGCCAAACAGGACUUCAUGAAAAUUGACAGCGCUGCAGAUCUACAAUAUUACAAAGAUCAAAUUGAUUCUGCAGUAGAGAUACACCCAGAGGAGCAAGAGCAUGAUCUUCUUCAGGAAUUCCAGCGGGUUAGCAUAUCAGGAGAAGAGAAGUGUGGGGUCCCCUUCACUGAUCUUCUAGAUGCUGCUAAGUGUGUUGUCAGAAGUCUUUUUAUCCGAGAAAAGUACAUGGCUUUAUCCUUACAGAGCUUUGGUAAGACAACUAAAAGGUUCCUAGAGCAGCUGGGAGACAGGCAAUGUCAUAUAAAUUUGUAUGAUGAAAUGCCAGAAACACCCAUUUCACCAGAUUCAUCUGUCCAUUCACCAUUUUCUGAGGAACACCCCUACAGUAAUUGUGACCCAAACUUAAUGCCAGAGGAUAUAGGAUUUGGCUGCAAAAUGAUUGAUGGGGUCACCCAUGUAUAUUCCAAACCAAAUAUGAUGGACAAGUCUACAGAAGUGGAUCUGCCUUGUCCAAAUCUUCAGGAGUUCACUGCUGACAUGAAUGUUUUAAUGGCAUUAAUAAUCAAUGGACCAGUGAAAUCCUUCUGCUAUCGCCGGCUGCAGUACCUGAGCUCUAAGUUCCAAAUGCACGUCUUGUUGAAUGAAAUGAAAGAGUUGGCUGCACAGAAGAAAGUACCUCACAGAGACUUUUACAAUAUUCGCAAAGUUGAUACACACAUUCAUGCAUCAUCUUGCAUGAACCAGAAACAUUUACUCCGUUUCAUUAAGCGUACGAUGAAGAAGAACCCAGACGAGAUUAUCCACAUGGAAAACGGAAAAGGGCAGACUCUGAAGGAUGUCUUUGAGAGCAUGAACCUCACAGCCUAUGACCUCAGUGUGGACACGCUAGAUAUGCAUGCGGAUCGAAACACCUUCCAUCGGUUUGACAAAUUCAAUGCCAAGUACAACCCAAUUGGAGAAUCAAUUCUGCGUGAGAUUUUCAUCAAAACUGAUAAUUAUAUCGGUGGCAAAUAUUUUGGUCAUAUUAUAAAGGAAGUGAUGGAAGAUCUUGAAGAAAGCAAGUACCAGAAUGCAGAAUUGCGCCUGUCCAUAUAUGGCCGCUCUCGGGAUGAAUGGGAUCACUUGGCAAAGUGGGCAGUGAAGCACAAAGUCUAUUCUAACAACGUGUGCUGGCUAGUACAGGUGCCACGGCUUUUCGAUGUCUUCCAUACAAAGAAACAGCUAAACAACUUCCAGGAUAUGUUGGAGAACAUAUUUCUUCCUAUUUUUGAAGCAACAAUUAAUCCUCGCAAUCACCCAGAGCUUCACUUGUUCCUUCAGCAUGUUGUGGGCUUUGAUAGCGUUGAUGAUGAGUCCAAACCAGAACAUCACAUUUUCAAUGCAGAUAGCCAGUUGCCUGUGAAUUGGACCGAAGAUGAAAACCCACCUUAUGCCUAUUAUCUUUACUACAUGUAUGCUAACAUGACUGUACUGAAUCAUCUUCGCAAGAAGAGAGGAUUCAAUACAUUUGUUUUGCGGCCACAUUGUGGAGAGGCUGGCCCCAUUCACCAUCUUAUAUCUGGAUUCAUGCUUUCACAGAGUAUCUCUCAUGGUCUUCUGCUUCGAAAGGCUCCAGUGUUGCAGUAUCUGUAUUACCUGGAUCAGAUCGGAAUUGCAAUGUCUCCUCUGAGCAACAACAGUCUUUUUCUGAGUUACCACAGAAACCCACUACCUGAGUAUCUCUCCCGUGGUCUUAUGGUGUCUCUCUCCACAGACGACCCUCUACAGUUUCACUUUACCAAGGAGCCGCUAAUGGAAGAGUAUAGCAUAGCUGCCCAGGUAUGGAAGUUGAGCUCUUGUGACAUGUGUGAGCUGGCACGGAACAGUGUAAUAAUGAGUGGCUUCUCUCACAAGAUAAAAGGUUACUGGCUUGGACCAAACUACCAAAAGGAGAGCAUAGAGGGCAAUGAUAUCCGUCGCACCAAUGUCCCAGAUAUCCGAGUUGGCUACCGCUAUGAAACCCUGUGUGAAGAGUUGAACUUGAUCACACAGGCAUUAAUCACGGCAGAACGAUGGGAGAAUGAAGCAAUAAACAUGACUCCACUGUCUGAAUAAUGAAAUGCACGAUGGCCUUCACAUGGAAGGGCAGUUGUUUAAAACGUUCUAACUAAAAUCACCUGUAGACUGCUAGAGUAUCUGACUGUUUACCCUCUGUAUAUCAUUAAUUAUUAUUCCUUGGAACUUCUGAAAUUGAAGCUAUUUAUAAAGUUGUCCAUCUGACAUACACAAUGAUUUCUACCUUGCAUUAUGCUUGUUUUUAUAGUAAGGUGUGAAUGAUUUUAAAUAUAAUUGAUUGCUCCUUUUGGACAGGUUUUUUGACUGAAUGUCAAAGCUGUCCCAGGUGGGUGGGUAACAUUCACAUCACGUUAUUUUCCUCAUGACUGUGACCAUGACGAUUCUUUUGGCUUGUUCCCAAAAGAUCUACCUCCCUGCAUUCCCAGAGAUGCUUUGGUUGUGCAGGAGCACCGGGCUUUAUGACCGUUAACCUCUGCAUAGAUGAAGUAGCAUGUGAGGCAUUGCCACAAGCAUGGUGAGACUUGGAUAUUUAGAAAUCAAAUAGGUUUUUUUGUUAAUGAUGUAGACAGUGAACACCCUUAUUAUAUAUGUUUACUGCUAAAUAGGGGUGAUCUCAUGAGCGUUGUAAACAAUCAUUUUUUUUUAAACUUUCUGUCUACUCUGGUGGUAAUUUCAGCAUUGGCUUAUUAUUUGUGCACUGGAGGAAGUUGUUGAAUCCACGCUUCACUCCACCAUUUAGGAGCACAUUAUUUAGGAUGACUGUUCGUUACUGUACUCAAGAACUACCAUAUCAUCAGAGAUGGUAUUACUCCCACUGAACUUAACAUUUGAGAUCAAAGAAAAAUUAUGCUGUUCUGUACCAAGCUUCUACAGUACUCAUCCCAAAAACAAAACUGUUAAAAGGAGACUGGUAAUUUAUCUCAUCAUCAUUAAUUAGUCCUGAUAGUGUUAUUUUGGCUGGUAUUUAUAGACUAAAUCUUGUAGACUAAAUCGAUUACAUUUCAAGUCCUCCAUGACCUAAAGAAUGUCCUCGGACUUCCUGAGGGUCUUAAGUAUUGUAAAGUUUUACCUUUGACUCCAUCACAAUUUUAUUGGAUAUGAGGCUUUCAGAAGGAAAGAAUGUUCAGAAGGAAAGAAUGUUCAGAAGGAAAGAAUUUCAGAAGGAAGGAAUUAAUGAUUAAUCUAUGAUUUCCUGUAUCCAGUCCUGGGCAGAACUAAUGUGGAACUGGUCAACCCAUGACCUCAUUGAUCCGUGACCUUAGCUCCAAUCUCAAGUAAGUUAGUCAGUUCCCCAAAUAUAUUCCCUUCUACAUUAAGCACAGACUGAGUGUUUUGCAGUAUGUGCAUUAAUAAAUGAUGCCGGUUUCUUUUUAAAAAUAAGUUUAGUUUUGAGUAUUAAUUCAUUUGCGUAUUAUAAUUAUUUAUGUAUUAAGUUACAAUUAUUUGCAGGCUGUCCUUAAUAAGCUGAAAAUUGCCUGGUAUUAUUACUGAAGCUGCUUUUAAUGGAUAGCUGCAGUUCAGCAUAUCAGCCUAGAAUCCUCUUCCCAGAUAGCUUUGCAACGGCCAAUAUCAAUAAAUCGGUUUUAGGAAAUGUCAGUGGUUUUGCACAGCCCACUUGACAGCUUUGUGCCUCGUACAGUAGAUUAUUACUAAGUAAAACACUGGCAACAGUGACUAUGAAACUGUCUGUUCUUGCUCUCUGAUGAAGUACUGCAACUGCACUACAGUAAUUUCCUGUUAAACAAUGAGGUGUCCAUUAUUCCAAACUGCUAACAGUACCUUAGGAUAUAUGUCAUAAUUACACUGAUAUUACACAGCAAUACUGUCAUAUAGUUUGCAUGCAGUCAUGUUGAAUGGUGAUCAUGUCUAAGGCCAGACUUAUUUUCUGGUAUUAUCCUUUUUGCAAUAAGUGAAUUUGAUAUGGUCUCAUUGUCAAUUGCUUUUCAAUCCAGACGUGGCAAUGAACAAGUUUAAAACUUGAUUAGGGUGAAUGAGCAUUGGUGGAAAUUGCAUAUGUGGUGCUUUUCUGCACAUGCAGUCCAUUUCUUUUCCAGAGUUAUAGAUUGUUUUCUAGUCAAAUCUUGGUAAUUGAUUAAAAUACAAGAGGAAAAACAUAGCAUACAACAAACAGUAACAAACUAAACAAGAGAUUCUACAGAUGGGGAAAUCCGGAGUAACGCAUACAAAAUGCCGGAGCUAUGGAGAGGAAUAAACAACUGACCAUUCGGACCGAGACCCUUUCCCCUUCCUUUCCAGUCCUGAUGAAGGGUCCCGGCUGUAACGUUGACUGUUUAUUCCUCUCCAUAGAUGCUGCCUGACCUGCUGAGUUCCUCCAGCAUUUUCAUAGCAUGCCUAUAAAAGCAGUUAUUACUGACAAACUCAUAUGCAUGGAUGGUUCAGUUACUGAGCCUUUAUUUUCAGAGGGACUAGCAGAAGAGUUAUUUAUGUAACUCAGAUUAAUUUUCUACCACCCAGGUAUAAAGUACCCCUUAACGGAUAUUCAUGGAAUCUGUCAACAAAGGAGAAAAAAAAACAUUUUGCUGUGUGGGUCUCAAUGCUGCUGCAGAGAUUAGGUUAUAAAGGCAAGUUUUGCAAGUUAAAUAAUGAUUCCUUUGGGCUGUUACUUCAUGGUGCAAAACUAGCUUUUAUUGUAUAAAAUGAAAUCUAUGUUGGAGUGUUUCACUAAUUUGGAGGGAGGUGUUGUGACUAUGAAUUGGUUGAACUUAAUUGGUAUUUUUAUAAAUCUGUGCAGCUUUGUAGUAAACGAUGAUUGUAAUUGGCAGUUUUGUGCCAGUGCAUCCCAUUGCUUGAAAGAAAGUUAGUAAGGUGCAUGUUAGUCAAACAUGGACUAUUGAGUGUUACUAAAAGGCAACCAACAAAAGAAUUACUGCAGAAUGAGGCACUGGCUGAUGUCGGUAAAUGUUUAGUUUACAAUCAGCAAACCAACCUAACAGUGAUGUUAUAGCGAAGGCAGGGUGCUAUGAUAGCAUUGUGGCUAGCCUGACACUAUUAAGAGUACAAGGCGCUGGAGUUAGGAGCAUCCUUCGUAAGGUGUCUCUGUACGUCCUCCAUGUUUCCCCCGGGAGCUCUGGUUUCCUCCCAUAGACUAAAGACAAACUUGGUAGGUUAAUUAAUCAUUCUAACAGUGAUUAGGUUAAGGUUAAAUCAAGGUUAUUGGGGUUUGCUGGGCGGUGUGACUCGAAGGGCUGAUACUGCGCUAUAUCUAUAAAUAAAUAAAUAAGUUCUGCAGAUUCUUCCAACAUUUUGUGUAUAUUGCUCUCGAUUUCCAGCAUCAUGUUUCAGAUUCUGCAGAUACCGGAAGUUCAAAGCAACGCACACAAAAUGCUGGAGAAACUCAGCAGGUCAGAGGGGAAUUAAGAGUUAACUCUUUUGGCUGAGACCCAUCAUCAGGACUAGGGUACUGGCUUAUGUUUAACUGAAUCCAAGCUAUUCUUGUCAUUAAUGAUUAGAAAUGGAUAAAGUUUGAGAGAUCAUUGCUGUCUCCAAACAAACUAAUGAUCAAAGUGCAACUGUUGUCUCAGGGUAUGGGCAACAGAGUGUUGCCCAGACAAAGCAGGUAGCUUAGAGAGACCAGGUGAGUUGGUUCAUGUGAGAGCAAUAUGUGUAUAUGAGCACAAACUCAAUGGCCUGACUCUGUACAAUUUGUUACGUUUUUAAUGUGCAUUUCCAUUCGUUCUAAAAUGAAUGAUUCAGGAUUUCUGUCCUGCAUCCCUCCUAGUUCAAAUUACGGAAACUGAGUUUUAGGUAUUCUGUACAAUUCACUGAUAUCGAGGGCAUCCUAUUUGCUGAUCAAAGUUCAAGUAGGUUUAUUAUCAAAGCACAUAUAUUAUCAUAAACUAUUUUUAGAUACAUUUUCUUCCUGACAUUUAUAGGAAAAAAGAAAUGUAAUAGAACUAACACAAGUCUUAAGACGAACCUUGGAUUUUUAUCCACGGUACCUACACUCAGUGGCCAAUCUGCUAGAUACAGGAGUGGAACACUGUUUGGUCUUCUGCUGCUGUACCCCAUCCACUUCAAAAUUUGAUGUAAUAUGAGUCCAGAGAUGUUCUUCUGCACACUGUUGUAACAUCUGGUUGUUUGAGUUACUGUCGCCUUCCUGUCUGGUCAUUCUCCCCUGAUCUCUCAUUAAUAAGGCACUUUUGCUCACAGAACUGCCACUCACUGGAUGUUUGUUUGUCUUUUUUUUUUGCACCAUUUCCUGUAAACUCUUAGAGACUGUGUUUGACAACCUCAGGAGGUUAGCAGUUUCUGAGAUACUCAAAGCCUCCAUAUAGUUCCAACAAUCAUUCCACAGUCAAAGUCACUGAGUUCACAUUUCUUCCUCAUUCUGAUGUUUGGUCUGAACCACAAAUGAAUCUCUUGAUCUCUUGACCAUGUCUGCAUGCUCUAUGCAUUGAAUUCUGCCACAUGAUUAGCUGAUUAGAUAUUUGCAUUAACGAGCAGGUGCAUCUAAAAGCCACUGAGUUUAGUUUUAUCCCAAGCAGAAAUAUUGAAAGUGCUUUCUUGUAAAAUAUCUGAGUGCACAGCAUAUUUUGAGAUUUAAAUGGGAGCUGUUAAUGGCAAAGAUUGUUAUUUAGUUCCGUUGCUCUGGUAGAAAAAUCUAGCUGUACGUAAUUCACCAAAGACUAAUCUCAUGUAGGUCUAGAAAUGUUUCAUUGCAGGUAGCUCCCAUUAUAACAGAUAAGCUUACAGGUUAAUUGCCUAUAUGUAAUCAAAUCUAUCAAGAUUUAUUAGAUUUUAGGUGUGCUUAUAACUUAUGCUUCCACUUUCCAAUUUCUAAAUUGCAAGCCUGUUGUUACGUACAGAGUAUAUGUCACACAUCACUAGAAAUACUGCAAAAAUCUGGAAAAACAAAAAUAAUUGAUUUGAUUCAUUAGAUAGCUAACAUAGAUCACAUUUCUGCUUGAAAAUAAAACUCUUAAAAAUGCAAUAGUCAAGUCUUCUACAUUAUAAGCAGAUAAUGCAUGUUGGAUUGGAUAACCUUUGAAAUAUUAAUAUUUUGAGUGUGAUCCUUAUCAAAACAUGUUUUUUGUUUCUAUGUCAGAGUAAUUACUUUUAACUCCAGGCUGUGCACGAUAUGGGUUGGCAGAUGGUAGCAUAAUGAUUUACAGUGCCAGCAACCUGGGUUAAGUUUGUAUAUUCUCUCAGUGACUGCAUGGCUUCCCUGUGGGUGCACUCGUUUCUUCCCACAGUCCAAAGACCUACCAGUUGGUAGGUUAAUUGGUGAUUGUAAAUUGUCCUGUGAUUAGGUAGGAUUAAAUCAGGAGAUUGCUGGGCAGAAGAACCUAUUCCAUGCUUUAUCUCAAUAAAUAAAUAUCACAGCGACCUUGUGCAAUAGAUCACACAACAUACCGGAGGAGCUCAGCAGGCUAGGCAGCAUCAAUGGGGGGGAAAAAGUACAUUCGACGUUUUGGAUUGAGACCCUUCAGUAGGACUGGAGUGAAAAAGAUGAAGAGUAGAUUUAAAAGUUGGGGGAGGGAUGAAGUAAAUAGCUGGGAAGUUGAUUGGUGAAAGAGAUACAGGGCUGGAGAGAAGGGAGUCUGGUAGGUGAGGAUAGAAGGCCAUGGAAGAAAAAAAAGAGAAGGGGAGAACAUUAGGGGGAGGUAAUGACCAGGUAAGGUGAUGAGGUGAGAGGCGUAAAAUGGGAUGGGGACUGAGGGCAUGGGGGUGGGGUGUCAUUACCAGAAGUUGGGUAAAUCGAUGUUCAUGCCAUCAGGUUGGUGGCUACCCAGACGGAAUAUAAGGUGUUCGUCCUCGAACCUGAGUGUGGCAUCAUCGCGGUCUCGGCUCAAAAAGUCGACAGUACUUUUUUCUGUAGAUGCUGCCUGGCCUGCUGAGUUGCUCCAGCAUUUUGUGUGUGUUCCUUGGAUUUCCAGCAUCUGCAGAUUUUCUCUUGUUUGUCACUUGUUGUAGACAAGUAGGAACAUUUGAAUUGUAAGUUUCCUCUCCAGGCUGAUGUUUUAAUAUCUUUGAUUUAAAAGAAACUAAAGUCUUACAUUCUAGCUGAUCCAGAGCUUAGGAGUUCCCACUGAAGGUAAACACAAAGGUUGAGAACAUUAUUUAUAUUCUGAGUUGCAUUUUCCAGUUCCUGACUCACACAUAACCUAUUCUAACGCUCCAUGGAGCAUUGGAUGAUUAUAGAUGUUACACACAUUUUAUAUUUAUCACUUCUGGUUUGUGAUAAAGUUAAACUCAGUAUUUCUAUAGCACACAAGUAUGCAACUAUCUUUCACCACUUAAGUAGCUCUCUAUUGUCAGAUUUGCUGCAUGACUUAGAGCUCUACCUUCCCCCUAUGUCCUAUUGAAGAUCAAAACAUGAAUAAGUUUUGUAAAUGCCCACAGGACAGGUACACAGAUUAUCAACGUUAAUUUGGAAUUCAUUUACUCUUCGCUGUCCUACUCUUGCUUCUGAAAUUUGGUAUCCUUGUAUUCAACAGAAUCAGCCACAACUACACAACAUAACCAAAAUGAGUUAGAGUUUCUAUGCGAUUAUUCCCUAGUAGUUUACCUAAUGGUCAGCUGAGUAUCUAAGACAGCUGCUUGUGCUUUCAUAAGCAUUCUCUUUACAAUGAAGAUAAGGCAUGUAGUUUACUGUUAGUUGCGUAUAGCCAAUAGUGAUGCUUUGUACAGUAUUUUCAUUCAUAAAAUGAGGAAAUACCUUGGUGACAUAAUCCCUAACCAAGGCUGUUUACAAAGCGAAGUGCACCAUCCAUCACAAUGGUCAGCUGUAGCAGAGAUAGCUGGUUGUUACCUGCUUUUGUUCUACACUGCACUAUUUCCAUAAGCAUUCCCAUAUCCUAUUUGUGAUCCACUUUACUCAGGCUGCUUCAUCUACAGAACAGUUCUGGAAUUUCUCAGUCAAAUCAUGUUUUAUAUUGGAUGAUCUCACUUGAAGCUCCGUGUGUAAAUUGUAUCAGAAAUAUUUAGUUCCUUCUAUCCACCAUUAUUGGGCUUAAUUGCUUUUUCUGCAUUCGGAGCACUUCAUAAACGGCCGAACAUGGUGAGAAUUGUAAUGGAGGUCUUGAAUGGUUAAGAAGUGUGACUGGGUUUUGAUAUUUGUGCAUUUGUCUAGAACAGUUGUGCUCUGCUUCCCCAAUGCAGCCUGUGGCAGGUGCAAUGUCUUGCCAAUGGUUCAUGCCCAAUUUUUGAAACUGCACUCCAUAAUUUGUAUCCAAAAGUAAUAUGUGAUUUUCAAGUGUUGGUAGAUAGGUGAUAGAAUAAAGAAUAAUUUUUAAUACUCGAAGUAGGUCAUAUGACUCUUAGAGCUUUCACUUUUCUGAACAAAUGCUGGUGUUUUAUUAAGAACUUCUUGGAAGAUAUUGGUGGUUGUAGUGUUGCGAAACGCUGGUUGUUUUUUAGCCUGCCUCAUUACCUCCUGCUUACUACAGACACUAAAGCACAUAAGACUUCAUUGCACAGGAGAGCUUACUCAAACCAGUUGGAUUAUCCUCUAUUAAUUGUUCCUACUGUGGCAGACACACUGGCUUGUUGUUUGCUGCUUUUCACAAUUAGUUAAAUCAAAGGGAAGUUGGACACUUACUAAAGAGAAUAAGGUACAGGAAUACAGCGAAACUAGUGGAAUGGGAUCGCUCCUCUGGGGGCUGGCAUGGAACUGAGAGACUGAGUGGUCUCCUUUUUUGUAUUUGUAAGAGAAGUGUGUAUUUUGUUUGCUAAUUUGUUGCUAGAAGUUGAUCCUCUGCUUGACUAUCAAAAAGAGCUGAUUUACAUGCUGGAAUAUGUGAAAUGUGAAUGGAAAGUAAGUUUUAAAAAAAAUUGGAUUUGCCAUGUUGCCUCAAACAUUAUUUUUAAAUGUAGAAAUGCAUCCACAAAGGUUUUGAUGGUGCUUGAAACUUGUUCACCAAAAUAAUGUAAUGAUCUUGCAGAAUAGUAACUACCUGGUUUGCAACAAGCAAAACUGUGGCACCAGAGCGUAAAGGAAGUCCACAGUUUUAGGACCUUAAGUUAAACAGUUAUCAUUGCCAUAGAAUGCUGGAAAUAUACUUUAAUGAUACUUUGUGUAGUGUGUGUUGGUUCAAACAAUGGCAAAUUUACUUUGACAUCAGAUUUUAACGUUUGACUUUGCUAGUGACGCAUUUAACCAAAUGAAGAGUGGCUGAUCUGUUCAUCACUUGCCUACCCUGCCUCUUUACAAUUUCAUUGUAGUUGUAACAGCCUCAAGGUGGCCAGGCAACCCCACAUGUUUGAAACCAGUUCAAUAUGAAGGCCCACCUUCUUAGAUAUCCCCUAAGGAUUGAGGAAGACUCUCUUUCACUCCAGUUCUGUGGCCUAUGAGGUCAAUUUAGGAAGCCUGAACUCCUCCACAACUGGAACUGGAGAUGAUUGGUGGAGCGUGGGUGGUAUGUGUGGGAAGCUGGAAAGGGGCACUAAGUGGUAGCAACAGCACAUUUGUGUUUCAGGUUAUUUUGCAAGAAAAGUAAAUGAAAUUAUGGUAAAUGAAGAUUUAUCUAAUUUUGAUCUAUUGGAUGUCAUCUUUUAAAUACAGUAUAUUAAUUGCCAUUUUUGCACUGUGAUUGCUUGUUAAUUCUGUUAAUGGAAAUUGCUUAAAAAUGUAAUUAUGCUAAGGUAUUGCAAUAAAAUUAAUUGAAAAGCGAUGUUCUGCUGUUUGUAGAUGAGUUAUGUAAGUGGGAAUAAAACCUACCCUGACCUUGUAGUUUGUGUGUUUAACAUGUCUGGUUGGUUUAAAAAUAAUAAAUGUUCACCUGUACUAAUAAAAAUAGCUCUUU